GAGAGAGAAGAGAGAGAGAGGGAGGGAGAGGGAGAGGGAGAGAGAGAGAGAGAGAGAGAGAGAUAUCAUUGCGAGGAAUGAAACACACAAUAGGCCUUUUUUCGAAAUGAAAGUUCUGCAACAGGGCUGAACUAGUUUAGACACAAAUAAAAUACAAUUCCGAGGACAGUUGACCCUGACAUUUAUGUUGGUCUGGCUGAAAGUGAUAACACAGAUACAUUGCAAACUUCAAUAAACAUUUGAAGACCUAUUAAGUCAGAAGAUAAAUAUCUAUACAAUGCAACAUUAAAGUCAUUUUAUACGAACCCAUCUUGCAACAUAAAGGAUGAUAACUUGACAAUACAUGACGAUAUCGUAGAAUUCGAAAACCACAAAUGGAUUUUACAUUUCAUGGAAUGACUCCGGGAUAUAGAGGAUCUUACAAAAGUUGUGCAUUGCAAAGUUGUUUUUUGCAUUUCCAUUAAGCCCCCUGAGGGUUUUUUGAUUUGAGGUUUUCCCCAAUACAGCAAAGAAAAAUGCCAUUCUCCUGAAUCGCAUUGAUAACGGCUUGUCCAGGAGUAGGUCAGCUACCAGAGUAGCCCGGUGUCAUGUUUCAAACGAGAGAACAGCCACUCUCUGGGACAAUUAUUUCACUCAAGUUGGCGCUUUCGGCCUCGGAGAAAGCCGCUACAAUACAGCGGUUGAGCCACCCCCAAGACCCUACCUACAUCGACGCUGAUUGGGCACGAUUCGGCCUCGCCUUUCCCCUAUUGGUCGGCCCCGUCGUCCAUCACGCCCCCACGUUCGACUCGAGUGCCAAAUACCCCUUUGGUGGCGAGAGAGAAACAAGUUAGGAGAAGUUUUCUGCCUCCCCCCUAUACUAGUGCCACAGUCCCGUUCAUUGUUACAAUGGAGACGGACAGACCACGCUGGGGACGCAGUCGGCGCCGCUAUUUCCAGAACUGAAGGCGACUGAAUUACCGGAGAAUAACGGGAAAAGACAGAAAAUAACGGGUCGGGGGGAAAGGGAUAGAAUGGAGACGGUGGAACAACUCGUGUCUUUCAACCACAUCCAGGUCCAGCUGAGCGGCGGCGCUCCGUGGGGCUUCACGCUGAAGGGAGGGCUAGAGCACGGUGAGCCGCUCAUCAUCACCAAAAUUGAGGAUGAUGGGAAGGCGGAGCUCAGCAGGAAGUUGAGGGUGGGAGACGAGCUCAUUAACAUAAAUGGCUCCGCCCUCUACGGCAGCCGCCAGGAAGCGCUCAUACUCAUCAAGGGGUCCUACAGGAUCCUCAAGAUCACCGUCAGAAGACGCACCGUUCCCGUGAUCCGACCUCACUCCUGGCACCUGACCAGAGUACCAGAGCCUCCUCUUCCUCCUCCUCCUCCUCCUCCUCCUCCUCCUCCUCCACCUCCUCUCCCAUCCUGCCUCUCACCCGAAGACCAGGAGGACUCUCCUCCCCUCCCCCCUCCUCCCCCUCCCCUGUCUACCAUGCAGCUUCACCCUGGGGCCUGCCCUCUGUCCUGGAACAACUCAUCCUCCUCUGAACACAGUGACCUCCAGUGGGGGCAGCUCUCUCGGCCGUACUCAUCCACCGACCGUAGCAGCUCCCUGGGCUCCAUGGAGAGUUUGGACACGCCCACCCCGACGCCGCGCCCGUUCGGCGACGCCCACCCCUCCCCCGUCGACUCCGCCCUCUCCAAGCGAGACUCCGCCUACAGCUCCUUCUCGGCCAGCUCCAACGCAUCCGAGUACGCCGCCGCGGUGUCGCUUCGCCCGGGCGAGGCCAACUCCAUGGACAACCUCCUGCAGAGCCUGGGACCGGCCUGCCGAGGGUACCCAGGCGGGGACACCCUUGUCCUGGGGAGGGCUGUAGGCGAGGCCCCGGAUGACGCAGGGUUGGUGGUGGUGGGCCUCAAAUCCAGGUCGCUGACCAGGCCAAAGACGAGGCCCGCUGUGGUCAAGGACAGGCCCUCCUCCUGCUGCUAUGAGGAGGAGCGGAGGGGAGGAGGAGUCUUUGGAAGAGCGAGCGACGACGAUAAGGAGCUGGGAACCAGUAUGAACCCCCCUCGACCUCCGACCAGGAAGGACAGUUUCAGGGCCACCAGGAGCAGGAAGAAGAGCCCCGACACGUGUCCACUGGAUGGGGUUUCUCCUGCGUCCUCCUCUAACCGCGACGACGACAACGACAGUGGCGGCGGUGGCGGUUCCAGACCCUCCCGCCUCCGUCGACAACCGGAUGCCCCCAACGGCUGCACCGCGGAGCCUGCUGUCGGGGACAGCAACGGGAACUCAAAAGAAGACCCUUUGGAAUGUUACCUGAACGCUCGUAACCAAAGCAAAGCACUCCGUUUUCUGGAAAGGGACUGCGGCACCAAGACAGUCUACAUCUCAGAGGAGCACAAAGCUCCGCCGGUUCCUCCCAAGAGCUUCACCACUCUCCCCGCCACCUGCUCCUCGAACCCUGCCUCCUCACCUCCAGAGCCAGCGAUGGAGGACCAGGGGGAACUCCAACCGUUGCACCCCAGGGCUAGGUGCUCCUCCUACGGGGAACUGCAUCACCAGAGCGACCCCGAGAACCUCACCACCAGCACCAGCACCACCACCACCACCACCACCACCACCAGCCAGUCACUCCACCUCAACGGAGACGCCUGCUCAUCCGGACCUAACGACCGCUCUCACCCCGCUCCCCCAGGACCCCUGCCCUCGCCCCCCUCUAGUAGCAGCUGUUCCUACCGCUCGCCCCUCCAGUCCGCCAGCGAAGACCCCCACAAGGACCCGCCAUUAGCUCUGGAUCACUGCCCCGACCCCGACCCCGCCCUGGAGGCCCAGCAGAGCAGCUGGGGGGGCAGCCGCUGCUCCACCCCGGGCUCAGUGUUCCUGGAGCUGGACGCCAUCGCCGGAGACGCGGGAGGAAGGUCGGAAGACGGCGAGGGAGGCCCCGCCGCGGGGUCGGGAUUCUCCCCGCCUCACGGGCACCAUCCCUGGGGUCGGUCCGCGAGCGUCCCGGGGGAUCUGGCGGCCCCCUGCGCGGACCACGAAGGACUGGCCGCCGGUCGGCUGGCGGACGGAGACUUUGUGCCUCUGAGCGCGGCUGCGAGUGUGGACAGCUUGCUGGAGGAGCAGAGGGGAGGAGGGGGAGGAGGGGGAGGAGGAAGGGAGGCGGAGGACGGAGACGCGGCGGCGAAGAGGCUGAACUCGUCCAAGAACCUCCGGCGGCACCGCCGUCGGAGCGAGCGCUUCGCCACCAACCUCCGCAACGAGAUCCAGAGGAAGAAGGCCCAGCUGCAGACCGGCCGGGGCCCCGGGGGACUGCUGCACAGCGGGGCCACCCUCCACGAGGAGGAGGGCCCGGAGCUCCAGGACCAAGGCUGGGGCGACCCGGGCCCGCCCGCCCAGGAACGGAGCCCGAACGCGGGGUACUCCCGCUCCACCUCCGUCUCGACGUCCGAGUCCGGGCAGGAAGGUUCCCAGGGCGAUCCGAGGGGGCCCGCCCGGAGCCGGGAGUCUCCGGCCCCGGUUCUGGACCUGACCACGCCCAGCUUCGGGGUCAGCAUCCGGGUGGUGGAGGAACCGGCGCCGGCCGGCAAGGCCCGCCGGUGGCGCUGGACCCCCGAACACAAGCUCCAGCCGGAACUGGAACCAGGCCAGUGGUCCGGCGCUGAGCGACCCGAGGCGAAGACCCCCGGGGGGUCUCGGCACGGGGUCUGCGCCUUCGCCUGCACCACCAACUCCGCCAACUCCUCCUAUUCCUCCUCCUCCGGCCGCUCCUACUCCACCUCCCGCAUCGAGGAGUCCGAGAUCCUGCCGUUCGCCGACCGGAUGAAGUUCUUCGAGGAGACGAGUCGGAGCGGUUCGGUGUCCAGCCUCUGCAGCCCGCGGAGACAGGCGUCCCCCGUGGCCGAGCCCCGCGGCGGGGGGGACCCCGGCCAGCACCGGGCCCAGCGGAGGUACUCCUACCAGGGGGGGGUUCUGCAGGAAAGUGCCCCGCCGCCCGGCAGCGCGGAGGCCCGGAGACAAUCUGUGAGCACCAACAGGGAGAAGGAGAGGGAGAAGGAGAGGGAAAGAGAAAGAGAGAGGGAACACGAGAGGGAGGACCGGGCGAGGGAGAGACAGAGGGAGCGGGAGGAGAGACAAAUGGAGAGACAAAGGGAGAAGGAGCGCGAGGAGAGAGAGCUGAUACUGCAGAGGGCGGAGAGACUGCAGGCCAGGGAGAGGGAGAGGGAGAAGGAGAGGGAGGAGAGGGUGAGAGAGUGGGCGAGGGAGCGAGAGAGGGAGGAGAGGGAGCGAGAGAGGCAGGCCAGGGCGAGAGAGUGGGAGAGGGAGAAAGAGAGGGAGAGGAAGAUGGAGGCCGAGCGGCUGAGGGAACAGCGGGAACAAGAGAAGGAAUGGCUGGAGAGAGAGAGGAGACAGAAGGCCCGGGAGCGAGAGGCCGAACAGGAGAGACUCUCUCAGCUGGGUCAGAGCGAGGACCUCCCCAGCCUCCAUCAGGAGGACCAGCCCCAUCAGGCCCCGCGCCCCCACGGCCAAGCCCAGGACCAGCCCCCGCGGUCGGCCUUCCACCCCGUCGGCGGCCCCUCUCUGCACCAGGGAGAGAACCAGGGAUACACGUCCAGGAGCUACACACCUGACGAGGCUCACCCAACCCGCAAGACGCAGGAAGCCCCAAAGCUCAACAGGAAGUACAGCCUGACCGAGAGGGACUAUCCCAGGUUGAGGAGUGACUCUGUACCCCUGGAGGCCGUUCAGCCUCAUCCCCAUCGCCCCCAGCCUCAGCAUCAGCACCGCCCCCACCAGCCCGUCACCACGGAGACCACCCGAGCACGCCGCGCCGCGCCGCGCUCCCUGGCACAGCAGGGCCGGGCCAUGUCGGAGAACGACCUGCGCCACGACGCCGGCCGGCACCCCCGCCGGUCGCCCGCCGUCUCCAUGACGACCAGCCAGAUCCUCAGCGAGGCAGACGAGAGCGGGCGCGAGUCGGGGCCAAUCAGGAAGAAGGUCCCGCCCCCGCCGAGGCCGCCGCCCCCCAAGUGGGAGGAGUUCCACCGCAGGCGGGCGUCGCACCACAACCUCUACUCCUCCCCCCCCUCCUCCUCGUCCUCCUCCUCCCCCCUGUCCUUCUCCCCUCUGCCGCCCUAUCACUCCAUCCCCCCAGCCUUCCUCCCCUCCAAUGGAGACUCCUCCUCCUCCUCUUCCUCCCGGCUCCCCGUGGAGCCGUCCAGGCCGCGCUCCUACAGCCUCCCCCCAGAGAGGCCUCAGGUCCUGGGGAGGAACCAGGGCCCAGAGCCCGCCGGCCCACCCUCCAGCCAGGACCAGGCCCAGCCCCGCCUCCAUGACCGCCCCCUCGCUAGCCCCACAGCCAAUCAGCACCUGGCGGCAGAAACACUGGACCGCCCCUACAAUCACAGCACGGACAAUCUAAAUAAGGCACGAGUUCAGGGCCAUUGUGCCUAUUCUCAUGGCGUAGCCAAUCAAAAUCAAGAGCAGAAUCACUAUCGUCCUCGUUCUAGCAGCUCAACCAAUCAGAGCCCGGAGCCCUUGCAGGACCGCCUCUUCAAUAUAGCUCCGCCCAGUCCCAUGUUUUCCAGGAGGGCGUUCCGGCCAGUGGCCCCACCCCCAAGGGAGAGGGGCGGAGCCUCGAGGAGUCAACAGGAAGAAGUGCAGGAGAAUGGAGGGGCUGUACUUCCUCUUCCUCCUCCUUCGUCAGCGCCGGCAGGAAGCUGUGACAGCAGCGCGUGGGAAACCCAGCGAUCCAGACAGGAGCCCGAACAGGAGACAUCCCCACCCAGACACCAGGCGGAUCAAAGAGCGUCGGCCCAUUGGGAUAGGAAGAGGACUCCAUCUCCCAGCAUGCACUGCAACACGUCACACGCUCCUCCUCCUCCCGCUGCGACCACUGCGUUAGAGAACGGAGUCGUUCCCGCCCCGGAGCGCUACGAACAGCAACGGAACCACAGAGGGUUCCGGAACUACCUCGGGAACGCCGGCGGUCCGGAACACCGGGGCGGGAGUGCGGAACCCGAAACGGAACCGGCGGGAACAGAGUCGGAGGCGACGCUGAGCCCCAGCCCCGCCCACAGCCUGGAGGCGGAGCUGGACAUCCCCAUGGAGACGGACAUUGACGACUAUCAGGAGGAAGAGGAGGGGCCUAUGCCCCGGGUCAAUCCAAUCACGAGCGAGCAGCCGUGCUUCGCCCUGCCGGUCACGGUGGUGGAGACGGACAUCGACGCCUCGCCCGACCGGGACGCCUCUCCUCCGGGCCGGACGCGGGCGGUGAGCGGGUCCCUGGAGGAGGAGGAGGAGGAGGAGGAGGAGGAGGAGGAGGAGCUGAGGGCCCGGGGCCCCGGCAGGGAGCAGCUCUCCCCCCUGGGCAGCGAGGGGGAGUGGGGCCCCGAGAGCUGGAGGGGGGCGUACCGGGGCCUGGGCCAGGACACCGACAGCUUGGAGAGGCACUCGGGCAGGAGCUCCAGCUGCUCCUCUCACUACGGCGUGCCAGCCACCAGACCCCAGCUGCCCUCCCACAGGAAGGACCCGCCCGACCUCCGUCACCACGACGACGAGGAGGAGGAUCUCACCUACAAGCGGCAGCUGAUGGAGAGCCUGCGUAAGAAGCUGGGCGUGCUGCGAGAGGCCCAGAGAGGCCUGCAGGAGGACAUCAGAGCCAACACUCAGCUGGGGGAGGAGGUGGAGAGCUCGGUGGUUGCGGUGUGCAAGCCCAACGAGGUGGACAAGUUCCGGAUGUUCAUCGGGGACCUGGACAAGGUGGUGAGCCUGCUGCUGUCGCUGUCGGCCCGGCUGCUGAGGACCCAGACGGCCCUGGACACCCUGGGGCCCGAGGCCGACCAGGCCGAGAGGCCCCCCCUGGUGGAGAAGCAGAGGCAGCUCAUGCGGCAGCUGUCUGAGGCCCAGGACCUGAAGGAGCACGUGGACCGCAGAGAGCAGGCCGUGGGCCGGGUCCUGUCCCGCUGUCUGUCCCCCGACCAGCACCGAGACUACUGCCACUUUGUGAAGAUGAAGGCGGCCCUGCUGGUGGAGCAGAGGCAGCUGGAGGACAAGACCCGCCUGGGGGAGGAGCAGCUCCGGGGGCUCCGGGAGAGCCUGGACCUGGGCCUGGGCGUGGGCCUGUCCCUGGGCUACGGACACUACUGACAACAGCCCCACCCACCAGGAGUUAGACCGCACCAGGAAGCGGGCUGAACCCAGGAAGUAGACUGAACCAGAGGGGUCGAGAUUAAGAUCAACCCAAGAGCAAAACCAAGCCUGGGGUGAGGCUGAGCCAGGGAGGGGACCGGAGACCUGGAGAUAUAAAACAGGCUGUUGACAUUCCAACCCCUAACUAACCAAGAAGCACAAUGAGCCAGACGGUAUCACAAAACCAGGAAACAGUCCUGACUCGAGAGAGAGAGAGAGAGAUUAUUGGCUGCAAACAUUCCAUACCCAGGAAGUAAACAGGCGCGGCCCGAGAUUGUCCAUUCCAUGUAUCCCAUGUUCCUCCUCAAAGAAAAAGCUAGUAGGAACCCUUAAGACACAGAGACACCACACAUUAGGAGAGUCACACACACAAACACAUUCAUGGACCACGUCCUACCCUGAUCCUCCUAACACCUACGGGUUGGUGGUGGUCCCACACGGCCCGACAGACACUGGGCGGGUUGUGUGAAGCCCAACAGGAUUAGCCGCGUUCAUUCCAGACCAGGACACUUGAACACACAGAGCACGCCACUCAGCCGAGAGUGGACCGCAGAAGGCUUAGCGUUGUGUCUACCACGCGCCAUCGAUUAGCCGGCAAGCGGACCACUGACUCACCGCCUUUCUCCACACGGGGAAUAGAACCUCUUGUUCCCGGGUGGGGUUAGUGCCUUGCUCUCCUUCGGGAGGAGAACCCCUUAACCCCAAGGCUGGAGACUCAUCUGCUGUAACUUUAUACUGUUAUGAACACGCAUACGUUAACAACUCCUACACCGUUGUCCUUCCAAUAUUAUUCAUUACCAAAGAAAAACCCCACUUUCGGCUUGCAUCAGUUUAAAAACGGUGUCAUCGGGACUCAUUUUAUUUAUUUCACAUGUAUAGAUUAAAACGUGAAUGAUUUUAAAAAAGUAACGAUUUCUGUUGGUGCUUUGAGGCAAAAAAAUAAAAUCUGUUUAGUACCUGUGCUUGAUUGGAUUCGCUCUCUAUUUUGACCACAUCAGAAGACUGAAGGACAAUAUGUAACGAACGUCCAACACUACAGUAGAAGUGGAGACACAGGAGCAUCGCUGUAUAUUUGACUGUAUAUUUAAGUCGUUUUGGAACACCAUGAAACUUUCCAUGAGAAAAUAUGAAGAUAUGGUUCUGUAAAAUAACAACAAAACACUACCUGUGUGUGUGUGGGGGUGGUUGAGUGUGUGUGUGUUUGGGUGAGUGUGGUUGUGUGUGGGCAUGCAUGAGCAUAUUUGAUGAAUUUUUUUACUGUUUUGCAUUGUUGCUUUUCACAGUUUAACUGCUGAUUAACCAUACAGAAAACACACACAACACUACAAUCAAAUGUUCACGAGGCAUAAACAUUUUACAAACAGACAUAUCGAUCAUACUGAAGCAAUAAGUUUAAUAAUCCAUUCACAUAAAAUCACUUGAGUAUAACGUUGAUUAUCAGUUCAUAAUUUAGCCAUAUAGCCAAUAGAAGUACCGAACAUGUGUUGCUUACAGUUUCAGAAAAGUUAAUGUUUGUUUGAUAUGCUCUGUUCCGGAUUGGUUUUGUAUUGAAUACUUGAGUAUCUUGAACACAUCACUUUGCUUGUUACUGACCACACAAGCAUAUGGAAAAUGCUGCUCAUUCACCUUUAACAGAUGCUAUGCUGCAUCACACUUACAUACAAGCAAACAUCAAACGUUUAAUACUGUCGAUACUGCUUUGUUCUUGCGUUGUAUAUAUCGUAUAUAUAUUGUUGUACUGUAUUGAACAAACUGGAGUCUUAUUGGUUGGUUGAAAAAUUAGAAAAAAACUGUUUUGUUCGGCGUCACCAGUGAGAAAGCACAUAUUUUUCUGUCUCUAGUUUGUCAUAUGUAAUAAUGAUGACCUGUUCCAAUAACGCCUUAUUAAAACAAUUUAACUGCAAA